UAGAGUAGGCAAAACAUAGGCGCGCGUGUAAGUGGAAACAUCACAUCGAUAGAAAGAGAGAAAAAACGAACUUGGUAUUAUUAUUUCUUCUCUGUUUUGUCGUGAGAGAAAGAUAGCACCACCAAAUCCAAUUUCCUUUCUCUUUUUAUUCACCGGACGCCUACCUACCGGGCUUGCCUACUCUAUCUAUACUAACUCUAUGGAAUACUGGCCGUUAUCAAAAUAUUCGAUUGCAAGGAGUUUGAAACUGUUCAAUUGUUUAAUUUUAUAUAGACAUAAACGAAAAAAUUCAGCAACAUGAAAUUUUGACAGAAAACGUUUUGAUUCUACAACUAAACAUCAAAAUUUGUCGUUUAUUACUUAUUAAACAAUAGAAAAAUUGUUUAAUAUACACAUAUACAAUUUUUCGAAUUUAUUACCUAUUAGAUAAAUUACAUAUUUUAGUUAUCGAUAAAUCUCGUUAGUGCUAAUUGUGAAGGACUACAAUCCUAUUCUUUCAACAUGCAGUGUGAAUUUUCAAGAGGACGUGGCACCGGCGUUGCAGAGGCCAUUGGAAAUUGGGGCUUCUGCAGCAGAAUAGGAAAAUGUGGGAACGAACUUAGUCGUAUAAGAUGUCUCUUCAACAAAAUGGAUUGUUUGAGAUGUACAAAACCGAUGCCUUGUGUAAAAUACAACCCGAGGUAUGACCCAGAAGCUUGGGACACUAUACCUAGCCCUGACGAGUGCAAACCAUUAUGGAACUUUCCUAUGAGAAGACCACUCAUCGUGUACAAUUCUACAGCUGAUAUAAUUAAGACUUCGAAUUUAACUGAAAUUGGUUCAGAUUUAUACUAUCCGAUCCCGGGACGAAGUUACGCCCUGCAAGGUACGGAUAAAUUUUAUCGAUGCGACGCCUGCUGCAGUCCACCAUGCUUGCCACUUUGUAUGACACCGUGUCCACCAAAGUCCUGUUGUUACUGAAUUUAAUAAUUUUCAUGUCUAGUACAAAUCAAUGAUAGUGCUAACUUGAUCAAUGCGUUUUGUGAAAUGUUCACAACAUCUUGUAAUUUGACUGUUAAAUUCGUGAAAUAUUCUACGUGUAUAUUAUA